AUCUUGUUUCCCAACCUUUGCGACCACCUUGCCUCUGCCCAUCCCGUCGCCGCCUUGUGGAAGAGAGUCAUCCCAUCGUCUCUCCCCAAGCUGCAACCCCUGCCUACCCGCCUCGCCAUAUCACCUUCUCGUUCUGAACUUUGACGAAGCCGGCACGACCACUUGUUUGUCCCAACAAUCUGAAUUCCCUUCCCUCAUCACAACACCUCCGGCAAUCAGACUUACUACGAGCAUCCGAACGGCAAGCACACACAUACCCUUGGUCCUGCGAAUCGACGUCUUCUCAAAGCAUCUACAAGGUCGCGCACACCUGCUCGGGUGCGGAGAAGUGAUUCAUAAUGUCGGGCGAAGCAUGGCUAUUCCUGCUCGCUGUCCUCCUCAAUGCCGUCAACCUCUUCCUGCAAGUCUUCUUCACCAUCAUGUACUCUGACCUGGAAUGCGACUACAUCAACCCCAUCGACCUCUGCAACCGCCUCAACAUGUACAUCAUCCCCGAAGCUGGUGUUCACGCCUUCCUGACAGCCCUCUUCCUCAUCAACGGAUACUGGGUGGCCUUGAUUCUGAACUUGCCCUUGGUGAUUUAUAACGCGAAGAAGAUCUUCGAAAAUCAACACCUCCUCGACGCAACGGAAAUCUUCCGCAAGCUGAACGUGCACAAGAGGGAAUCCUUCAUCAAACUCGGCCUCCACCUCCUCUUGUUCUUCUUCUACCUCUACAGCAUGAUUGUCGCUCUGAUCCGAGACGAGGCCCGAUAAGCUGCAACCAUGUCAAAAUCCGUACCUGCGCGGCCAUCAGAAGGAGGAGAGCAGUUAUAUAACGGAAGUUCAGAGGGUGGAUCUGUGUUGCGGUUGGGGAAAAGAGCCAGACGAGCAGGGAGGCAGAGUGUUUUCAUUCAGAGCCAGGGAGAAUUGCCGGGAUGCCGAUUUGGUGGACCCCUGCCCUGGCACCAAAUUACGUGAAUUGUCAUCAUGAAGAGGAAGAACCAGCACUAGGAGCGUCGCGGCGCUGAAUCUUGGAGGGCAUUACUUUGCGAUACCCUACACAAGUCUGCACAGCGUUUGAAAUUGAUUCUUAAUCGUGUCGUCGACCAUCCGCUGCAAAGCGUGGAAGAGUCCUGUCCCACAGUACACCUGGA